AUUUAGUGCGGAUUGGUACAAUGAAUUUGGUAGUUGGUUGGAAUAUAGUGAAAGUAAAGAUGAGGUAUUUUGCUUAUGUUGCUAUCUUUUUAAGGUUGGCGAUAGUGCAAAAGGGGGUGGUGAUAAAUUUGUUGGUGAAGGUUAUAAGAAUUGGCACAAGAAAAAGAGUUUGAGAACACACGAGGGAAAUCAUGAUAGCGUUCAUCAUCAUUGCUACAUGGCUUGUCAAGAUUAAAUUAAUAAUAAAUGUCACAUAGAUGUUCCUCUUGCGAACAAAACUAAAGAAUCUAAACGUGAGUAUUACAUUCGGUUGCGUACAACGACUAAAGCCAUAAGAUAUCUCUUACGGCAAGGACUUGCAUUGCGGGGGCAUGAUGAAUCAAAUGAGUCGCUAAAUAAAGGUAAUUUUGUUGAGCUUAUCAAGGUUAUGGCGGAAGACAACGAUGAAAUUAAUCGAGUUGUUUUGGAUAACUCUCCGGGAAAUUGCAUAAUGAAAGCACCAAAUAUUCAAAACCAAAUUAUCAGUUCAUUUGCCCAUUUUGUCUUGAAGGCUAUUCUUUGUGACAUUGGUGAUGAUUUCUUUGCUUUACUAGUUGACGAGGCACGUGAUGUUUCCAUUAAAGAACAAAUGGCCGUUGCUUUACGUUAUGUGAACGGUGAAGGGAAAAUUAUUGAACGUUUUAUUGGCGUUGUUCAUGUUCCAAACACUACUGCACGAUGUCUGAAAGUUUCUCUUGAGUCUCUUCUUACGACAUUUGGCUUGAGCUUGUCACGUGUGCGUGGCCAAGGUUAUGAUGGAGCUAGUAACAUGCAAGGAGAGUUUAAUGGUUUGAAGAGUUUAAUAUUGAAAGAAAACAGGUCUGCUUUUUAUGUCCAUUGUUUUGCUCAUCAACUUCAGUUGGCUCUUGUGCAAAUUACUAAGAAGAAUAAGCAAUUAUGUGAGUUUUUUGGUUCUCUUGCAAUGUUAGCAAAUAUUAUUGGAGGUUCUUGUAAACGUCAAGAGUUGCUUCGGGAGAAACAAUUUGAAAAACUGUGCGAAAAGAUUUCUUUUGAUAAUUUUGUAACGGGUAGUGGUUUGAAUCAAGAAGCCACUUUAAAAAGGCCGGGAGAUACACGUUGGAAUUCAUAUUAUUUCACAAUUUUGAGUAUGAUUAAGUUGUUCUCGUCGGUGGUUGAUGUACUAGAGUAUUUAGCAAAUAAUGGUGAUGAUGUUGCUCAUUGUGGACAAGCCACAAUUCUUUUAAGAAAUAUUGAGUGUUUUGAGUUUACCUUUGUUUUGCACUUAAUGAGAUCAGUCUUGGGAAUCACAAAUGAUUUAUCACAAGCAUUGCAAAAAAAAGACCAAGACCUUGCUAAUGCCAUGAAGCUUGUUACUUUUGCUAAAGAUCGACUGCAAGAAUUGAGAGAAGAUGGUUGGGGCAAAUUGUUGCAACAAACUUCAGACUUUUGUGUUGAGCAUGACAUUCUUGUCCCAAACAUGGAUGAUAAUUUUCUACUUUACUCAAGAGAUGGCAGAAUAUCCCGGAGAGGUACACAAAUUACAAACUUGAAUCAUUAUCAAAUUGAGGUGCUUUACACAGUCAUAGAUCUUCAACUUUCAGAGUUGAACGAUCGUUUUGAUAAUACCAAUACGGAGUUACUUAGUUUGAUAUCGUGUUUUGAUCCAAGUAAUUCGUUCUCUGCUUUUGAUACAAAUGCUUUGGUGAAAUUAGCUGGAUUUUAUCCAAGCGAGUUUGAUGAUUGUGGUCUUAUCGUUCUUGAAAAUCAACUUGAAAAUUUUAUUAGAGAUGUUAGAAGUGAUCAAGACUUUUCAAAUAUGGUGGGGGCUAGUAGGCUUGCUGAGAAGUUGGUUGCAAAGAGAAAAAAUAUUACUUAUCCAUCGGUGUAUUUGCUAUUGAAGUUGUCGUUAAUUUUGCCGGUUGCAACCGCAUCAGUGGAAAGGGUAUUUUCUGCAAUGAAGAUUGUCAAGUCAGAACUACGCAAUCGUAUGGGGGAUCAAUUGUUGAAUGAUAUUUUGGUGUCGUACAUUGAAAAGGAUAUAUUAGAUAAUGUUAGUGUCGACGAAGUGAUGACUUUUUUCCAAGAAAUGGGACCACGUCGAAAAAUAUUUUAGAACUUUUUAUUUGUAUAUUAAAA